AUGAAUAUCACUAGGGUGGGUGCAACCCCGUGGUAUUUCUCUGUCGUCUAUGCUAGCCCUGACCCUUCCAAAAGGAGAGAACUAUGGGAUCACCUUCGAGAAUUCGCACAUACUCACAAUGAGCCUUGGCUUAUUGCGGGGGAUUUCAAUGAUACAAGAACUAAUGCUGAGAGGAGCGCUGCGUGCCCAGAAACCCAUCGAAGAGCUGCAAGAUUCAAUGAUUGGGUAGAGGACAUGGACUUGAUCGAAGUGGAAUUCGCAGGGGCGUCACACACUUGGGCAAGAGGUCUAACCCCUGAGACAAGGCAGAGUGCACGGCUAGACAGAGCUCUCUGUAAUGCAGAAUGGGGAAUACGGUUUGAAACUGCUAAUGCAGCCUGGUUGCUCCAUGAAAACUUUAAAGAGUUUGUGGUAUCCAAAUGGGAUAAAAGUAGCCCUUUAAUUUCAGCCCUCCAUAAAUUAUCUGCAGACUUGCAGACCUGGAAUAAGGACAUGUUUGGAAAUAUCUUUAAGCAGAAAAGAACUCUCUUGGCCCGAAUAGCUGGUGUGCAAAAACUCCUGGUUGAGCGUAAGGAUCGUGGUCUAAUGAAACUUGAAGCUCGUUUGCGCAGAGAUUUGGAUGAGGUGUUAGACCGUGAAGAAGCUCACUGGUACCAGAAAUCUCGAGUUGAGUGGAUAAAAAAUGGUGAUCGUAAUACCACCUUUUUCCACUUAAGUACAAUUGUGCGAAGGUGGAGAAAUAAAAUAGCAGCUAUAAAAGGAAACAAAGGUGACUGGGUUUUUGAUUCUCAAUCGGUUAAAGAUAUUAUUGUUGGUUAUUUCACAGACCUUUUCACUGAGGAAGGUGAGCCAGAGUCCUUUGAUGUGCCAUAUGAUGUAUUUCCAGAAAUUCCUCAACGUGAGUGGGAAAGCUUGGAAAAACCUUACACUCGAAUGGAGAUUGAGUUCGUUGUAAAGAACAUGGGUGCAUUGAAAGCACCUGGGCCUGACGGAUUCCAAGCUUUAUUUUAUCAGAAGAAUUGGGAGCUAGUUUGCAGUAGUGUGUAUGAUAUGGUGAUCCCAGUUCUGGAAGGGAAGGGGAUGCCUGCCAAUGUGAACGACACCCACAUUGUUCUCCUGCCAAAAAUUGAAAGACCUGAGCUCCCGUUGCAUUUCAGACCAAUCGGCCUAUGCAAUGUCACUUACAAGAUCAUCACAAAGGCCAUUGUGAACCGCAUAAAGCCCAUUCUCCCACUGUUAAUCUCUAACACUCAGGCGAGUUUCGUUCCAGGAAGACAAAUAACGGACAACAUAGUCAUUUUCCAAGAGGUACUUCAUACGAUGAAACGAAAACAAGGUGGGAAAGGUUACAUGGCAAUCAAAAUCGAUUUUGAAAAAGCUUACGAUCGAUUGAGAUGGUCAUUCAUUAGGGAUACUCUUAUGCAAAUGAACCUGCCGCUUCUUUUGAUUAAUGUUAUCAUGGAGUGCGUGACUACUUCAAACCUCCAUGUUCUUUGGAACGGUGAACCGUCACAAAGUUUCAAGCCCGGUAGAGGAAUCCGUCAAGGGGAUCCCUUAUCUCCCUACCUUUUUGUCAUGUGUAUGGAACGUCUGUACCAAACUAUUGAGGAAGCAAUCAUAGCCAAGAAAUGGAAGCCCAUCCGAGCUAGUAGAAAUGGUCCGCUUUUGUCGAACUUAUUUUUCGCUGAUGACAUACUUCUGCUAGCCGAGGCAAGCUUCUACCUUGACCUCGAUUGCUACAUACUCUAUGCAAACGGCCAAACUCCCAAGAACGGUUUGCAUGACAUUGAUAAGAAAGCUAGGAGGUUCAUAUGGGGCGGUCACGACGACAAAAGGUGUACUCAUCUACUUGCCUGGGAGGUUCUUCAAAAACCUCGCGAACAAGGAGGGGUGGGCAUACGUUCAGCGAAGCAAGCUAACCCUGCCUUCCUGGCCAAGCUUGGCUGGAGAACGCUCACAGAACCAAAUGCAUUGUGGUCAAGAGUACUCCGAGCAAAGUAUUGCAAGGGACGUUGCGACAUCGAUAUGUUUGAGCCUAAGAAGGGGAUGUCGAAUGUAAGGAGAGGAAUAACUGAGAAUGCGAAGCUACUAUGUGAAGGCAUGAGGAUGGCUGUGGGGAAUGGAAAUCAAACCCUAUUCUGGGACCACAAGUGGGCAACUGAUAAACCACUCAGUGACCUAGUAACCAAGCCUCUAUCUCCUGAUCUUGCGGGUGCUACAGUGGCUGAAAUGUGGGAGAGUGGCUUUGGUUGGAGGUGGGAAAUCUUCUCUCCAUAUCUCCAGCAAGACACUCUUAAACUCAUACAAUCUUAUGAGUUGAAGGAUGAUCCAGAUAUUGGGGACCUAGUGUACUGGCAAGGUGAAUCAAAGGGCAAAUUUUCAAUAAAAUCAGCCCUGCGGAUCAUGAGACACACAACUGAUACUAUUGAUGAUGUAUGUUGGGAGACAAUAUGGAGUGCUCCUGUGCAACAAAGAAUACGAGCAUUCUUAUGGCUAUCCUGCCAUGACCGCAUUCUAGGCAAUCUAAACAGAUUUAAAAGAAGAAUGGCUGAUAAUCCUAAAUGUUACAUAUGUGAUGCAAGGGAGGAAUCAACCCUCCACAUUCUACGAGAUUAUCCGGCAGCGAAACUAGUUUGGAGGAGAGUUGGCAGCAUCGCUCUUCUUCCUCAUUUCUUCACCAGUAACCUGAAAGACUGGAUUACCACUAAUCUGAACGGCUUGGCUGGGGAAGAGUUGGUGGAUUGGCGAACAUCAUUUGGAGUGGCCAUAUGGUGGAUUUGGAAGUGGAGAAACAGUUUUGUGUUUAAUCGCAAGCACGAAAUUCCUGUUGAUAUUGGAGCGUUUAUCCAAGUGCGCAUUGAUGAAACUAAACGCAGCCUCGAAGAUCUCACCUUUGAAGUUCAUGGUCCAAGGCAGGAACGAGUUGAGACAUUCAUUAGGUGGAAUCCACCCCUAGCUGGCUGCUAUUCUUUGAACUGCGAUGGAGCAGCGAAGGGGGCUCCAGGAGCUGCUGGUGGAGGCGCAAUAAUAAGGGAUUGUGAAGGAAAUUUUGUUGCAGGCCUGUCUGCUAACUACGGGCACUGUGUUGCAAUCAAGGCAGAAAUAAUGGCACUCAUUAUGGGGCUAGAGUUGGCCCAAAACCUCAGCAUCCAGCAAUUAGAAGUGCAACUAGAUAGUAUGGCGUGUGUGCAAAUACUUCAAAACAGGGAGCUAACUCAUGGAGAUUGUCAUCACCAUAUUAACUACUGUCGAGCUAUGAUCCAGGAUGCCCGCUGGAUAAUUAUGAUCAAGCAUGUGUAUCGGGAAGGAAACCGCGUGGCGGAUUGGCUAGCUAAUCAAGGCGUCGCUCAAAGCAAUAGGCUUAACAUAUUACAAUUUGUACCCGUAGAACUUAGUCGUAUCUUAGAGGAGGAUAGGCGAGGUGUGGCACUACCUCGUUUCGUCCCUCCUUAG